AUGCAGUGCAGUGCAGGGCAGGGUGGAAACAGGGCAAAGCAAAGCAGAGCAGAGCAGAGCAGAGCAGAGCAGAGCAAAGCAGAGCAGAAAAGCAGAGCUGGGUUGUGGAGAAGAGAGUGGUUCUCGUCAGCGAUGCUGCAGGAUUCUCUGCAGCGCUCACAAGCAGAAGCAGGCAGGCCGCAGCUAAGAGGGCUGAGCGAGACAGGCGAGCAGUGCACGCCCCGCCACGCAGUCCGUCCUGACGAGGCCGCUUUUUCGCGCGGCCGGCCUGUCCAAUUGCCUCAGCACUUUGCUUCGGCGCGCUAUCGACGCCGCCUGUUGGCUGCUGGCUGCUGGCUGCUGGCACGUUGA